UCGUUUAGUCUCUCCAACAGUCCUCUCGCGACACAUUAAUUUUAAUGGCGGCGCUCGCAAGGAUCGGUGGCCGGCACCUGAAAUUCGUCGGCUUAAUAAACUCCUCCGCCUCAUGUUUCUUCACUCAACGCCGUGGCGUUGCUUCCAAGCUCUUUGUUGGUGGAUUAUCGUUUUGCACUACAGAGCAAGGAUUAUCUGAGGCAUUCUCCAAAUGUGGCCAAGUUGUUGAAGCUCAAAUAGUUAUGGACAGAGUCUCUGACAGAUCAAAAGGUUUCGGUUUCGUGACAUUUGCUUCUGUUGAUGAAGCUCAGAAAGCUUUGAUGGAGUUCAACGGACAGCAAUUUAACGGCCGUGUGAUAUUUGUGGACUACGCAAAGGCGAAGCAGAGUUUUGGUGGUGGUCGCUAUCCAAUAGCUAGAGGACCGCCUGAUCCAGUGGAAGUAGCUGCCACGACAACCGAAACAUCGAAAAACGACUAACAAAAUCGAAGAUAGCAAAUUGCUGGACACUACUGUUGCUAUAUUUCUUGCAUUUUACUUGUGAUGAUAUGUGUAAGAGACAUGAGCAAGCUUCGCUAUUAGCCUUUUAUACUUUGCUCUUGGUUCUUUAUGAUCUCUGAAUCAUUCACUAGAUUGCGUUGAAUUUAAGCAUAAGUAGUAAGUGUUACCAUAAUAAAAGACGAUUACAAAA